CCCUGACGUUCACUCCUCAAAGCUGCGGACGGGGAGUGUGUGUAUCUGUCCACCCAUUAGCUCAAACUAGCCGCACUACUUUCAAUUGCUUGUAAAAUAAAGUUUGCUGUGUGUUCUCUCUCUGUCUGGCAGAAAAAGGAAAAACUUAAAAUAUCGUGUGGAUAAAAUGCCUGCAGUCUCUAAAGGAGAUGGAAUGCGUGGCCUCGCUGUUUUCAUCUCUGACAUUAGGAACUGUAAAAGUAAAGAGGCAGAGAUCAAGAGAAUAAAUAAAGAGCUGGCCAACAUCCGGUCCAAAUUUAAGGGAGACAAGGCUCUGGAUGGCUACAGUAAGAAGAAGUAUGUCUGCAAGCUGCUCUUCAUCUUCCUCCUGGGACAUGACAUUGACUUCGGCCACAUGGAAGCUGUUAACCUGCUCAGCUCCAACAAAUACACAGAGAAGCAGAUUGGCUAUCUGUUCAUCUCCGUGCUGGUCAACUCCAACAGCGACCUGAUCAGUCUGAUCAAUAACGGCAUUAAGAACGACCUGGCCAGCCGGAACCCCACCUUCAUCAACCUGGCGCUGCACUGCAUUGCCAACGUGGGCAGCAGGGAGAUGGCCGAGGCCUUCGCCGCUGACAUACCCCGCAUCCUGGUGGCUGGGGACAGCAUGGACAGUGUGAAACAGAGCGCCGCCCUGUGUCUCCUGCGUCUCAACAGGACGUCACCUGACCUGGUCCCCAUGGGGGAGUGGACGGCGCGCGUGGUGCACCUGCUCAACGACCAGCAUCUGGGCGUGGUGACGGCAGCCACCAGCCUCAUCACCACUCUGGCCCAGAAGAGCCCUGACGACUUCAAAACCUCGGUCUCACUGGCUGUCGCCAGGCUCAGCAGGAUCGUGACCUCGGCCUCCACAGACCUGCAAGACUACACCUACUACUUCGUAGCAGCUCCCUGGCUGUCAGUCAAGCUGCUCAGACUGCUGCAGUGCUACCCACCCCCUGAGGACGGGGCGAUCCGGGCGCGUCUGGUGGAGUGUCUGGAGAGCAUCCUGAACAAGGCGCAGGAGCCGCCCAAGUCUAAGAAGGUGCAGCACUCCAACGCCAAGAACGCCGUGCUGUUUGAAGCCAUCAGCCUCAUCAUCCACCACGACAGUGAGCCCACCCUGCUGGUGCGAGCCUGUAACCAGCUGGGUCAGUUCCUGCAGCACCGGGAGACCAACCUGCGCUACCUGGCCCUGGAGAGCAUGUGCACGCUGGCCAGCUCUGAGUUCUCCCACGAGGCCGUCAAGACCCACAUCGAAACGGUCAUCAGCGCCCUUAAGACAGAGAGAGACGUGAGCGUGCGUCAGCGGGCCGUGGACCUGCUCUACGCCAUGUGCGACCGCAGCAACUCCAAGCAGAUCGUCGCGGAGAUGCUGAGCUACCUGGAGACGGCCGACUACUCCAUCAGGGAGGAGAUCGUGCUGAAGGUGGCCAUCCUGGCCGAGAAGUACGCGGUGGACUACACCUGGUACGUGGACACCAUCCUGAGCCUCAUCCGCAUGGCCGGGGACUACGUCAGCGAGGAGGUGUGGUACCGCGUCAUCCAGAUCGUCAUCAACCGGGACGACGUCCAGGGCUACGCGGCCAAGACUGUCUUUGAGGCGCUGCAGGCUCCAGCCUGCCAUGAGAACCUGGUCAAGGUUGGGGGAUACAUCCUGGGAGAGUUUGGCAACCUGAUUGCUGGAGACGCCAGGUCCAGUCCUCUGGUCCAGUUCAACCUGCUCCACUCCAAGUUCCACCUGUGCUCCGUGCCCACGCGGGCCCUGCUGCUGUCGGCCUACAUCAAGUUCAUCAACCUGUUCCCGGAGGUGAAGGGGACCAUCCAGGAGGUGCUGAAGUCCGACAGCCAGCUGCGCAACGCCGACGUGGAGCUGCAGCAGCGGGCCGUGGAGUACCUCCGACUCAGCUGCAUCGCCAGCACCGACAUCCUGGCCACGGUGCUGGAGGAGAUGCCCCCCUUCCCCGAGCGGGAGUCCUCCAUCCUGGCCAAGCUGAAGAGGAAGAAGGGCCCCGGGGUGACUCUGCCCGACCUGGAGGACCAGCGCAAGGAGCGCGGCGCCAACGUCAACGGGGGGUCGGAGCACGGCGCGAGCAACUCGGCCGCCACGCCCUCUCCUCCUGAAUCUGCUGCUGACCUCUUGACCGCGGCUCCGACGCCGACCAACCGGCCCCGCCCAGUCUCCUCCUCCUCUCUCCUGCAGCCGAUGCUCUCUCCCCUCUCCUGCCUCUCCUCCCUCUCUCCCCUCUCCUCCUUCGCUCACCAGGGCACGGCUGCUACCAUGUCGGCCACUGCUGCUGGGCCACUCUUCCAGGUGUCCCCCUCCACCUCCACAGACCUGCUGGGCCUGGCCAGCCCCGCGCCCUCCACCGGCGGCAGCCUGCUGGUGGACGUCUUCUCAGAGCUCCACGCCCCGGAGCAGGCCAGCGCCGAGGCCCCAGCUCCCCCUGUGGCAGAUGACAACUUCUCCAGGUUUGUGUGCAAGAACAACGGGGUUCUGUAUGAGAACCAGCUGCUGCAGAUUGGCCUGAAGUCUGAAUACAGACAGAACCUGGGACGGAUGUACGUGUUCUUUGGCAACAAGACGUCCACUCAGUUCCUGAACUUCUCUGCUUCCGUGUUGUGCCAGGAACCUCUGCACUCUCAGCUGAACAUCCACGCCAAGCCGGCCGACCCCACCGUGGAGGGAGGGGCCCAGCUCCAGCAGACCCUCAACAUCGAGUGCGUGUCCGACUUUGUUGACGCUCCGGUGCUCAACAUCCAGUUCAGGUACGGCGGAACACUCCAGAAGAUGGCUGUGAAACUCCCCAUCACUCUCAACAAGUUCCUCCAGCCCACCGAGAUGGUGUCACAGGACUUCUUCCAGCGUUGGAAACAACUUGGAGCCCCUCAGCAGGAGGUGCAGAAGAUCUUCAAAUCCAAACACUCGAUGGACACCGAGGUCACCAAAGCGAAGAUCAUUGGGUUCGGUGCUGCCCUGCUGGAUGGGGUGGAUCCCAACCCCUCCAACUUUGUGGGAGCCGGAGUGAUCCACACCAAGACCACGCAGGUGGGCUGCCUGCUUCGACUGGAACCCAACACACAGGCACAGAUGUACCGUCUGACACUACGGACCAGCCGCGACACGGUGUCCCAGAGACUGUGUGACCUGCUGUCUGACCAGUUCUGAGAGUCCCUGUGCUCCAGUCUUCACCUCCCCACGCCCCACCCUCCCUUCCUACCUCUCCACCAGCCCUGCUCACCCCUGUCACUCCACCGCCAGAAAGCCCUAGUGAACCAUUGAGUUGUUGGAUGUUGGAUAACAAACAAAUCAAAUGUGCCUCGCCCCCCCAUCCCCCCCCCCGGAGGUUUUCGGACUUAGUUUUCAUUUGAUGCAAUGUACAGUGUAAAUUCUUUUUUUUUAUAUUUGACAUAUUAUAAAUGUAUAUCAAAGGAUUUUUGUUUUGUUUUUUCACUCAGCUUUACUAAUAUUUCACAGCUUUUUAUCCAUUUUGUAGCUUGACUGUAAACUGGUGCACAGCCAUGCUGCUGAACAAGAGGGCUGAGUGUCUAGACAGAUCACCUGUGACAGUGCUGUGGUUGGCUCGUACGCUCACUCCCUCAGAAAGCAAGCCUUAUUAAAGUGAUCGGACUGUAUCUGCCAGGAAACUAAGAACUAAGUGGUUUAACCCUAACCUCUUAACCCACCUAGUCCCCAAACCCUCCUAGUCCCCCGGCCCCCAACACUCCCUGCCCCCCAGUCGCCUACAUCCUGCCUUAACCAAAGUUGCCCUUGGUCCCAAUGUAGCAGAAUGUUCCCAAAUGUUUUAAGGAAACCUGAACCAUAAUGGGAGUCAGCCUGACUGCCUUCCUAUGUCUUUGGUGUCGGGUGUUAUGUAGCUGGAGUAUCCACAGCCGUAGGACCCCAUUAGCCCCAGGGGAGCUCCAGAGCCUGUGAGACCAGGGUAUCUCUGUCCGGGCGUAAACCGCUAGGUCCACUAAAUGCUAGCUACAUCUCUACACGCUGCUAGCUCCAUGACUAGCCUGCCUGCUACACUGCUACAGGUGGCUAGUAACUACAUCACUGCCACACCUCUCUGUGCCUUCUAGUGGUUAAACCAUAUAUCAACUGCUUUCAAUCAUAUGACAGGUUUUGCCAAAUAAAGUUGAUUGUGUCACUUGUC